AUGUCAACACCAAGGUCAGACCCUCCUCUCAAAUCUCCCUCCGAGCACAUUCAUCAAAACAAAAUCCCUUCCGAUUCAUCCUCCUCUCUGUCAACUCCUUGUCAAAAUUUCACAAAGAUACAUCAUCAUUCCUGUCCGAUAUGUUCUCUCUUGAUGAAUCCUCUUCCAGCAAGUAGAAAUGGAGCUGAUUACAUUCCGACACCUCUCGAAGAAGGGAUCAAUGUUCUCACUCAUAUCUUUCCAAUUUUCUUUUUUUCUUAUUAUUCAUUCCAAAUAUGGAAUGAUGACAUUGUGAAUAAUUUUUUUGAAAAAUUUGCUGUCAUUACGUAUGGAAUGGGAAUGAAUGUCUUGUUUGGAGUUUCAUCAUUGUAUCAUUUUAUGUGUUUGUGGUUGGGAAGAAAUGACAGCAUGUCACAAUUAUUUCGAAUUUUUGACCAUGCCACAAUUUAUUUGUUUAUUGCUUGUAGUUAUACUCCUUGGUUAGCAUUGGUUGAUUUUGGAAGAGGAAUUGGACAUGUUUUGACAGGUGUGGUUUGGACAUUUUGUUUUGCUGGACUUGUGAAAAUGUUUUUUUCACACAAAUUUAUGAAAUUUUUACAAAAUGUCAAUAAUGUGACCAUGACCAAUGUCAUGGGUUGGAUUGGAUGCUUGAUGGUUCCAAGUGCUUUAAUGACGCAUGUUCCAGUAGAGGCUUUCAUGCUGUUAAUUUUGGGAGGAUGUUUUUUUUCAUUUGGAUGUAUUUUUCUUGUUUUUGGAAAUGGAAGAAUUCCAUUCAGUCAUGGCAUUUGGCAUGUAUUUGUGUUUUUAGGAGUCUUGUCACAUUUUACGGCACUUUAUGCAUAUUUAUUGAACUUGGAUUCGAUUUAUCAUCCAGAUUCGUCUCAUCAUUCGAAACAAAUUGUGUUGGAUCAAAUUUUGGAUCUCAUUGCAGGAAAAAAGGAUUGGAAUUAUCCAAAAUAUUUUGUACCUGAAUUGGUGGAAUGGUAUUACAUGUUGACAGGUGGCAGGAGUGUGUCCAAAAUAUAA